AUGUCUGACGAUGAUGAUUUCAUGCAAGACUCUGAUGAGGAGUACGACUUUGAUUACGAAGGAUCCGACGAUGACGAGUCUGGCGACAUUGGAAUUGAGAACAAAUACUAUAAUGCAAAGCAAAUGAAGGCGGAGAACCCCGAGGAAGCCGUUGACGAGUUCUUGGGGUUACCAGCGAUGGAGCAAGACAAGAGCGAAUGGGGUUUCAAAGGAUUAAAACAGGCAAUCAAACUGGAAUUCAAGCUUGGGCGAUACAGCGAUGCCGUCGAACAUUACCGCGAACUCCUCACAUAUGUCAAAUCCGCCGUCACACGCAACUACUCUGAGAAAUCGAUCAAUAACAUGCUCGACUACAUCGAAAAGGGAUCCGACGAUGCAAAGGCCUAUCAAUGCAUGGAGGAGUUCUACUCGCUCACUCUUGAUUCAUUCCAGAAUACCAACAACGAACGCCUCUGGUUGAAAACGAAUAUCAAACUGGCUCGACUCUGGCUGGACCGGAAAGAGUAUGGCCAGCUUAGCAAGAAAGUGCGGGAGUUGCAUCGGGCGUGCCAACGCGAGGAUGGGUCGGACGACACCAGCAAGGGAACAUACCUGCUUGAACUCUAUGCUCUUGAAAUUCAGAUGUACGCCGAGACGAAAAACAACAAACGCUUGAAGGCACUCUAUCAGCGAGCGCUGCGCGUGCGGUCGGCCAUUAUGGGGAUCAUCCGGGAAUGCGGAGGCAAAAUGCACAUGAGCGAAGAAAACUGGGAGGAGGCCCAAAGUGACUUUUUUGAAUCGUUCCGGAACUACGACGAGGCUGGCUCGAUGCAACGCAUUCAAGUGCUGAAGUAUCUGGUGUUGACGACCAUGCUGAUGAAGUCGGAUAUCAACCCCUUCGACAGUCAGGAGACCAAGCCGUACAAGAAUGAUCCGCGCAUAUCCGCCAUGACAGAUCUGGUGGAUGCCUUCCAGCGAGAUGACAUCCAUGCAUACGAGGCGGUGCUUAGCAAGCAUCCCGACGUACUGGCGGAUCCGUUCAUUGCCGAGAACAUCGACGAGGUCAGCCGCAACAUGCGUACCAAGGCGGUGCUCAAGUUGAUCGCACCCUACACCCGAUUCUCUCUGCAGUUCAUCUCCAAGCACAUCAAGAUCUCAGUACACGAGGUGCUUGACAUUCUGAGUUACCUGAUCCUCGACAAGAAACUCAAUGCCAAGAUCGACCAAGAGAACGGCACGGUAGAGGUAGCGAGUUCCAGCGACGUGGAACGGCUGCGCGCGUUGGAGGAGUGGAGCUCAUCCUUGCAUAGCCUGUGGCAGACCGCCCUCAACGGCGAGGGAUUUCGGGCAGAGGAGACCACCGGGUCCAUGUUCGCGGGAUAUGAUGACGGGCCCAUGGGCAUGCGGACCCGGCGAAAGGAGCGCGGCAAGCCAUUCGGAGGCAAACUUGCUGUUUAA